UGCUUGUAUACGAAAAAGUGUGUGUGGCAUCAUAUUAGUAACAUGCUUGUGUAUGCAGAAAUGGAUUAUCCUGUUAUAGUGUAUUAGGGUGGGGAAAUUACUCAUAAGGAGCUUGAUGUGGUGUAUAAUGGUGGAUUGAAUUCAGUUAUGUUUAUCCAUCGUCAACAUACGACUUUUGAGGUGUUUCUUACCAUAGUGUAUGAUGUUAUUGGUUGUGAUCGUAACUCUUAUGAAUUAAAAAUGGAGAUGAAAUAUUCUGUGACGGAAAAAAAUGUGUUAUUUCCAGUUAUGAAUGAUGAAAGCAUAAGUGCUCUUGCUUAUGCGGCCUCCCAAGCCCUUCGAACGGCAAUAAAGGUGUGUAUUGAAUUGGUUCUAAAGUUAGGUAAUGCGAGAGAAGUCAUGUGUAGCAUGAAACUUCCAGAAUCGGGUCCUAGUGUACGCCAUGACACAUUUACAGAAAUGUUAACUAACCCAAGUUACGUGAAUGAGCAUAUAGAUGAAUUUACUUCUCCAACUCAUUUGCAUAGCCAGAAUGCCAAUGAGGUUGACUCCUUAAAUCAGGAGGAUGAGCACAUUGAUUCUGAUCCAGAAGAAGAUGAUGAAAAACGAGAAGCUUUAGAUGCAACGAUUAGGGAUAGUGCUCCAUUUCAAGACUGGCUUCGAUUCGAUGAGGUUGAUCAAAGAUUAAUUGAUGCACGGAUGACCUACAAUAAUGACAACUCAAUGACAGAAAAUGGUGACUUUAGGGUAGGGCAAGAGUUUAAUUCCUUAGAUCACCUUAAGAAGAUUGUUAAACCAUGCGCAAUAUCUAACAGUAGAAACUUCCGAGUAAAUGAGUCAGAGCCUACUAAGUAUGUUAUACAAUGUAUUAAUGCAGAGGAAAAAAGCUGUGAAUGGAGGAUGUGAGCAAUCAUGACCGCCACUGGUGCAUUUAAGAUUGUGCGUUAUAAGGAACAUAAACAAGAUUGUUCAGGGCAUUAUAGUGAUGAUCAUCCACUCUUGACUUCUGAUUUUGUUGCUGAUCUCAUCGUAGAUAUGAUAAGAGUAGAUCCAGCUUUCAAAGUGAAGUUAGUUGUUAAUUUUGUUAAUACAAAAUACGGCUUUGUUAUAACAUAUAAGAGAGCUUGGUUAGCCAAAAAUAAGGCAAUAAAUAAAGUCUUUGGGGAUUGGGAUAAGUCGUUUGAGGAGCUUCCAAGGUACUUGCAGGCGUUAAUGCAAUUGAAUAGAGAUACAGUGGUACAUUGAGAAGUCAAACCAACAAUGGAUCCUACCAAAGUUAUUUUUCAUAGAGUUUUUUGGGCUUUUGGACCAUCAAUAAAAGGUUUUCUCCAUUGUCGACCCCUUAUCUCUAUAAAUGGAACACAUUUAUACGGAAAGUAUAAAGGCGCACUUAUGAUAGCUAUGGUGAUAGAUGCAAACUGUUAGUUGUUCCCACACGCCUUCGCCAUUGUGGAGGGAGAAAGUAAUGAGACAUGGAAUUUCUUUUUGGAUUGUAUACGGCAAUAUGUUACUAAACGAGAUGGGUUAUGUGUCAUAUCUGAUCGUCACAAGGGAAUCUUGCAUGCUAUGAACAGGGUUGGAAAAGGUUGGGAAGAGCCAUAUGCAUUCCAUCGGUUUUGUAAACGACAUCUUGCCUCAAACGUGUAGAAGAAGUUCAAGAACAUUGCAGUCCAAAACCUUUUUUGAAAAGCUUCCGAACAAACAAAAAUUCAGAAAUAUAAUUUCUAUAUGGAACGCCUUAAAGAGUAUAAUGAGGAUGCAUAUAAGUACCUAGUCGAUGGUUCUAUUCUUGAGCGCCAAUGGACAUUACUUCAUGAUGGUGGCCGUUGAUAUGGAGUGAAAACUACAAACAUUUUUGAAGCGUUCAAUGCUGUAAUGAAGGGGGCCAGGUGUCUCCUAAUCACUUCAUUAGUUAGGAUGACAUUUUAUCGGGUUAACAAAUACUUUGCAAAAAUGAGGGAUUUGGGGGAGAAAUAGGUUAGAAAAUGGGCAUGUCUAUGCUAAAAAACCCAUUGAUAUUAUUGAUAAGAACAUUGAGAAAGCACACUUCUAUGAUGUUAGGAUAUAUGACACAGUACGUGGGAUAUUUGAAGUUACCACUGGUCGUGGCAAUAGGGUAGCAGGGAAAGGUGGGAAAUGUUACAUGGUUGACUUCACAGCUACCUCAUGCUCUUGCCAAAAACCCACUAUAUUCAAGUUACCAUACUCACAUGUUCUUGCAGUAUGUUGAGCUCGUAACCUUUCAUAUGAUGCGUUUGUGGACUCGUUUCGUACUACAGAGUACGUAGCCACAUAUAAGAUGACCUUUAUGUUGUUCCAGACAUGUUUACAUGCGCUCCUUGGACUGGUCCCACAGUAAUUCCGGAUCCUUCAACUAAAAGUGAGAAGGGAUGUCCGCAAUCAACACGCUUGAGGAACGAAAUGGAUGCAUCGUUGACGUGCCAUCGGAACACAUGUGGCAUUUGUGGAGGUAGCGGUCAUAAUAGGAAAACAUGCCAUCAUAGGGAUAGUCAGACCUCAACUAGGUGUAAUGAAGAUGCUGAGCCCAUUUGAUCCAUCAGUACUUACGCUCCAGGCGACUCAUCGGAGCAUAAGUGCAUGGGAGGGGUCAACUUCCCAGUUGGUGACUCGUCAGCACUACCAGGCGAGCAUAAGGGAUUGGCAGGUUGAUGAGAGAGUGUUAGAGUUAGUUGAUCUAGCUGGUUUUAUUUAUAUACAUCGUUUGUUGGGUGGAGGUUUGGAGCUCGAUUGAGCUCUAAUCACUGCAUUAGUUGAGAGAUGGCAACAAGAGACUCACACCUUCCAUCUUAGUGUUGGGGAGGUGAGUAUUACUUUACAGGACACUGCAGUUGUACUUGGACUGCCCAUUGAUGGACAUGCAGUUAUUGGUCAUGGAGAGGGAAAGCGGGAAGCCUUGGUUUUGGAGUUGUUGGGGGUACUUCCAGAAAACCCUCAAGACCCUGCAGAGACGAAGAUCAUCAUUGGAUCUUUAUUGAAGCUCACUAGGCUUCAAGAUCGCUUCCGUGUGCUGGGGCCAGAUACAGAUGAUGCUACUAUUGAGAGGCAUGCCCGCGCAUACAUUUUGUAUUUGUUUGGUUGAAUCUUGUUCCCAGACAAAAGCAAGGACUCCGUACAGUUGAUCUACCUCCCUUUACUGCGAGACUUAUGACCCGUAGCAGAGUACAGUUGGGAGAGUGCGACCCUCACAUACUUGUAUCGUAAUCUUUGUAGGGCAUCCUGCAAGGGUGCUAAGGACAUAGCGGGGUACCUGUUACUCUUAUAGAUAUGGUCGUGGGAGCAUAUACAUAUAGAGAGGCCACUAAUUCGGAUGGUUCGACCCCAAUUUGAUGAGGUAGAUGAUUUAGAGUCGGUCUUGGGUUCACAGCAUCAGCGUGCUAGCUUCGAGUACAUCUUUCCUGGUCACACUCUCCACAUACUCUAGUCUACUACCGAGACUCCCUCGAUUGACAAAGGGACGAUCAGAUAACAUGGCAGCCAUACACGGUGGCUAAGAUGGAGGUUUUGCCUGACAUAUGUAGAGAUAGCCAUAUAAUAUGGCGUUCUCGCUGUCCCCUAAUUUGCUUUCACAUUGUGGAGUUCCAUCUUUCGGAUCGUGUCAUGCGCCAGUUUGGUUUGGAGCAGCCUAUUCUAGAUGCUUGUGACACCCAGGCUACACUACAUGCCAUUGAUCGGAGGACUGUCGACAAGAACUUCCUGGUUCGACAUCGAUCGCACGUAGAUGCAUGGAAUGAUCGAGAAAGCAUGAUCGUGCAAGGAGAGAACUACACAGAUCGGAGCUUUGGUAUGUACGUAGUGUGGUAUAGGCAGAUCACGAUAUUGCGCAUCACGAACCCAAUAUUUGCACAGCCAGCAUCGGACUAUCUACCCACUGCUAGAAUAUUGGUAAGCUUUCUUUCAACGUUCAAAAAUAUUAAUUAGUACAUGUAAUUCUUAUAAAAAAUUAUUAUUCAUAUGCAGGUUGAGCGUAUAAGAUCGGUUCUUGUACAGUGUAGUGAUGCAACACAAGGGGCCUCUGUGUUGCCUGUUGAUGUAGGGGUAUCACCUAUGUACUUAGACCUUGGGCUCCAUUAACAUGUGGUUGACGAAGGUCUUAAGUCAGAAGGGGUAUGAUUACCUAAUUCCCACCCGUCCCACUGCUAUUGAUAAUGACAUGUUGCACACUUCUUCUACUAGAGGUUCUGGUCAUAGAGGUAGUUCUUCACGAGGUUCCAGUUGAGGUUCAUCUAGAGGAUCUGGUCAUUCAUCUAGUCGAGGUCGACCUUUGGAAUCUCCGUCAUCAUCUAUUGGUGCUAUGUCGCCAUUUGUUUCCCCAGGGCCUGUGUCCACUCCUUCACAUCCAUCGCCUCUUAACCGGAUCUUGACAUAUCAGCGUGCUAGUCAGCGACGAGCACCUGCUCUUGAUUUCAUCACAGAGGCUGAUGAGUCCACACCAACCUCUACGGCCGAUGCACGCAGCAAACGAGGUCGGGGAGUCUACAUUACUUGACUUGGGAUGUCUAUUGAACUUAUGUAUCAUUUUGGAUGGUUGUUUAGAUUAUGUAUAUAUAAGCAUUCUUUUUGUAAUUAAUGUGGAAUCUUCUUAAACAAUGAUGAAUGUGGUGUUUUAAG